AUGGUCCAAGCCGCCAGCAGCUCUGCAGGGCUGGGCGUCCCGCUCUCAAUCAUCAUAUGCGUGAUGGUUGCGAUUGCCCUCUUUGCCAGAUCUCGUCAUCAGACCCUGCUGUCUGUGCCUACCAUCCAGGCCCCGGGGGGUGACUUCAGGAAGGCGCUGAACGAAGGAUACGAGAAGGCAAAGCUCAACCCGCAAUGGAUCUUCCAGAUCCCAACGGUAAGCUCGCCGAUGACGAUCCUGGCGCCGGCGCUGCUGGACGAAAUCCGCGCGGUGUCCGAGAAGAAACUCAACUUCCGGCGCGAGAUGUACGACCGCUUCGUCGGGCGCUACACGGCGUUUGCGUCCAACGACAGCGCCAUGGUAGUGGCGAUCAAGAACAAGCUUACCCCGGGCAUCGACCGGCUGCUGCCGACGAUGGACGACGAGGCGCAGUUCGCCGUCCGCACAACGCUGGCUAGCUGCGGCGCCGACGGGUGGACCACGGUGCCGCUGCACUCGACGGCCACCCGGCUGAUUGCCCUGCUGUCGGGCCGCGUCUUUGUCGGGCUGCCACUGUCGCGCAACGAGGAAUGGAUCGACGCUGCCGUCAACGUCACGCAGCACUCAAUCGCCGGCGCGUUCAAGCUCCUGGCGUACCCGGCCUGGCUGCGGCCGCUCGUGCGCCUGUUCGUGCGCGAGGUUGGCGGCGUUGAAGAGUGCCGCCAGGCCACCGAGCGCAUGCUGCGGCCGCUGGUUGAGCAGCGUCUGCGCGACAUGCGCAGCGGCGGCGCCGACUUCCAGGGCCAGGACGACAUGAUCCAGUGGCUGAUCACGCACGCACCCCCGGGCAGUGUUUCCGACGUUGCCUGGCACGUUUCGCAGCACCUUGUGCUCAACAUCGCCGCGAUACACACGACAAGCGGGCAGCUCUCCGGCACGCUAUUUGCGCUCGCAGCACGCCCGCACUACAUGCAGCCGCUGCGCGAGGAAAUCGAGGCCUGCAUACUCAAGCACGGCGCCCUCACCAAGCAAUGUCUACACGACAUGGUCAAGCUGGACAGCUUUCUGCGCGAAGUCCAGCGGCUAAGCCCGCCUGGUCUGGUGUCCGUCAACCGGAAAGUGCUCGAGCCGAUCACGCUGUCGAACGGCCAGCGCCUGCCCGUGGGCACGUCCAUAGCCUUCCCGGCCGACGCAAUAAACCGCGACCCCGAGCUGUGGGAGCGCCCGGCCGACUUCGACGGCUUCCGCUUCGCGCGGCUGCGCACGGAGCCCGGCAGCGAGAACAGCUUCCAGUUCGUGUCGUCGAACGCGUCGGGAAUCAGCUUCGGACACGGCAAAGCGGCGUGUCCCGGGCGCUGGUUCGCGGCAACGGAGCUGAAGGUGAUGCUAGCACGCCUGCUGCCGGACUUCGACUUCGCGCUGGCCGAGGGCGGAGAUGGCCCGCUGCACGCGUUCGUGGACGUGCUUGGGGCCCCAGACCCCACGAGGCAGAUCCGGGUGAGGCGGAGGGCCUAG